GCUAGCUGGCUCUGAGAGCAGACAAACUUGCGUAGUCUUACCACGGUUCUCCCUGUCUGCCUGCCUCUCUCUAUGGACGGCUGGAGGGUAGAAGAGGAAACGGGAAUUGUUGUCGUAGGGACCGCAGUGCUUUUCCAGGGCCCAGCGAUGAUUUAAUCGCGGAAAACCGGGGUGUGGGGGGAAAAGGAGAAGGAGAAAAACGUUGGGAGCGCGAGAGGAGAGAGAAGCAGCCUCAGCCGUUGGAGAUGUGCGGUCGGGCCGAGAUUGCGGCGGUAUCCCUGUCUAGGCCUGGACUGAGCAGAUUGUUCUGAGAGGAAACGGACAACAAACAGGGGAAGUGAACAUGGCGGGGACCUCGGGCUUCUUUUCAAACGGACCUGUUCCGUGGAUGGACAACGACACAGAGAUGAACAACCUGUACCGAGACCUGGAGCUCGGGACAGUACUGACACUGUUUUAUUCUAAGAAGUCCCAGCGGCCAGAGAGACGGACAUUUCAAGUCAAGCUGGAGACCAGGACUAUUAUCUGGACUCGUGGCACGGACAAAAUAGAGGGCGAGAUUGACAUCCGAGAGAUCAAGGAGAUCCGUCCUGGACAGAAGUCACGGGACUUUGAGCGUUAUGUGGAGGACUCUGCAACAAGGCUGGAGCAGGCUCACUGCUUUGUCAUCCUGUAUGGCACGGAGUUUCGCCUUAAAUCCCUCAGCCUGGCAGCGACAUCAGAUGAGGAGAUGACCAUGUGGGUGAAGGGGUUGAACUGGCUGGUGGCCGACACACUGAAGUCUCCGACACCGCUCCAAAUAGAGAGAUGGUUACGUAAGCAGUUCUACGCCGUUGAUCGCAACAGAGAAGACAGGAUAUCCUGUAAGGAUCUGAAGAGCAUGCUGAGCCAGGUCAACUACAGGGUGCCCAACAUGAGGUUCCUCCGAGAGAAACUUCCGGAGUCAGAGUUGAGGAAUGGAGACGUGACCUUCAGCCAGUUUGCGCAGCUCUAUCGCAGCCUCAUGUUUGAUGCUCAGAAAAACAUGGAGAUCCCAUUUAUACAGAGGUUCAUAGACAGACCAGAACAGAAGAUCUCCCUCGACGACUUCAAGGGCUUUCUCCUGGAGUCUCAAAAGGAAGUGUGGGCCACAGACGACAACAAAGUUCAGGAGUUUAUGUUCGGUUACCUGAAAGACCCCCUGAGAGAAGUGGAGCAGCCUUAUUUCCACCAAGACGAGUACCUGACAUACCUGUUCUCCAAAGAGAACAACAUCUGGGAUUCCUCCCUGGACCAGGUGUGUCCUGACAAUAUGAACAACCCCCUGUCCCACUACUGGAUCUCCUCCUCGCACAACACCUACCUGACGGGAGACCAGUUUUCCAGUGAGUCGUCCCUGGAGGCAUAUGCUCGCUGUCUGAGGAUGGGCUGCCGCUGUAUCGAACUGGACUGCUGGGAUGGUCCAGAUGGAAUGCCAGUCAUCUACCAUGGACACACCCUCACAACAAAAAUCAAGUUUUGCGAUGUCCUGACCACCAUCAAAGAGCACGCCUUCGUCACAUCUGAAUAUCCCAUCAUCUUGUCCAUCGAGGACCACUGUAGUAUUGUGCAGCAGAGGAAUAUGGCCACUUACUUUAAAAAGGUGUUUGGAGACAUGCUUCUGACCAAGGCGGUGGAUAUUGCAGCAGAUGGCCUGCCCUCACCCAACCAGCUCAAGAGGAAGAUCCUCAUCAAGCAUAAGAAGCUUGCAGAGGGCAGUGCCUACGAGGAGGUGUCCACCUCCACUCCAUACUCGGAGAACGAUAUCAGCAACUCAAUCAAAAAUGGCAUCCUGUACCUGGAAGACCCCAUUAAUCAUGAGUGGUACCCUCAUUUCUUUGUCCUGACCAGCAGUAAGAUCUACUACUCAGAGGAGACCUCCAGUAACCAGGGUAACGAUGAUGAGGAGGAGCACAGAGAGGUGUCCAACGGUAUGGAUCAGCACGUGACGGAGAAAUGGUUCCACGGGAAGCUGGGCGCAGGGCGGGAUGGGCGGCAGAUAGCCGAGAGGUUACUGUCGGAGUACUGCCUGGAGACCGGAGCGCCCGAUGGCUCCUUCCUGGUCCGAGAGAGCGAGACCUUUGUGGGAGACUACACACUGUCUUUCUGGCGUUCAGGGCGGGUGCAGCACUGUCGUAUCCACUCUCGUCAGGAGGCAGGCAGCCCCAAGUUCUACCUGACUGACAACCUGGUGUUCGACACUCUCUUUGCCCUGAUCAACCACUACCAGCAGGUGGCGCUGCGCUGCAACGAGUUUGAGAUGAAGCUGACUGAGCCGGUGCCUCAGACCAAUGCUCAUGAGAGCAAAGAAUGGUACCAUGCCAACCUCUCCAGGAGCCAUGCCGAAAACAUGCUCAUGAGGGUACCUCGUGAUGGGGCAUUCCUUGUGAGGAAGAGGGCGGAACCCAACUCGUUUGCCAUUUCCUUCAGGGCUGAGGGGAAGAUAAAGCACUGCCGCGUGCAGCAGGAGGGUCAGACUGUGGUGCUGGGCACCUCAGAGUUCGAUAGCCUCGUAGAUCUUAUCAGCUACUAUGAGAAGCACCCUCUGUACCGCAAAAUGAAACUGCGCUAUCCUAUCAAUGAGGACACACUGGAGAAGAUAGGCACUGCUGAGCCAGAUUACGGGUCACUGUACGAGGGCAGGAAUCCAGGCUUUUAUGUGGAGGCCAACCAAAUGCCAACAUUUAAGUGCACAGUGAGAGCCAUGUACGAAUAUAAAGCCCAGAGAGACGAUGAGCUCUCCUUCAUUAAGAACGCCGUUAUCUCUAAUGUGGACAAACAGGAAGGAGGAUGGUGGAAAGGUGACUGUGGAGGGAAGAAGCAGCUGUGGUUUCCUGCUAAUUACGUGGAGGAGAUCAGUCCAUUAGCCGCGGAGCCCGAUAGAACUCAGGAGAUGACAGAAAACAGCCCCCUGGGAGAUCUGCUGAGAGGAAGUGUGGAUGUGUCUUCCUGUCAGAUUGUUGUGCGUACUGAUGGGAAGGGCAGCAGGCCUCAUGUCUUCUCCCUGGUGCCAAGCACCUCCAUGCGGAUGGGCCCGGUGCUGGACGUCGCUGCUAACAGCCAAGAGGAACUCAAGGAAUGGGUGUCAAAGAUCCGUGAGGUCACACAAACCUCAGAGGCCAAGCUGGAGGAGGGGAAGAUGAUGGAGAGGAGGAAGAAGAUUGCACUGGAAUUAUCCGACCUGGUCAUCUACUGUAGGCCUGUGCCGUUUGAUGAAGACAAGAUUGGCAAAGAGCGGGCCUGUUUCCGGGACAUGUCAUCCUUCCCCGAGACCAAGGCUGAGAAGUACGUCAACAAGAUCAAGGGGAAGAAGUUUCUGCAGUACAAUCGACUGCAGCUGUCCAGGAUCUACCCCAGAGGCCAGAGACUCGACUCCUCGAACUACGACCCCCUGCCCAUGUGGCUCUGUGGGUCCCAGCUGGUCGCACUCAACUUCCAGACAGCAGACAAGCCCAUGCAGAUGAACCAGGCUCUGUUCAUGCUGAACGGAAGGAGUGGCUACGUGCUUGAGCCGCCCAUCAUGAGGGACGACAGCUUUGAUCCCUUCGACAGACAUACGCUACGAGGCCUCGAACAAGUCACUCUCGAGAUAGAGGUUUUGGGCGCCCGGCACUUGCCCAAGCACGGACGUGGCAUAGUUUGUCCUUUGAUCGAGAUCGAGGUGUGUGGGGCAGAAUACGACAGUGCCAAGCAAAAAACUGACUCAGAAGCUGAUAAUGGGCUGAACCCCACGUGGCCCCGAAAGCCAUUCCAGUUCGCAGUAUGCAACUCUGCCUUUGCCUUCCUGCGCUUUGUGGUUUAUGAGAUUGACAUGUUCAAUGACCAAAACUUCCUGGCUCAGGCCACGUUCCCCAUUCACAGCCUGAAGACAGGUUACCGGUCGGUACCUCUGAAGAACAGCUACAACGAGGAUCUGGAGUUGGCUUCUCUGUUAGUCCACAUGGACAUCAUCAGUGGCAGGGAUGAAAACGGAGAGGUUCUCAGCCCGUUCCUUGCAGUCGCCGCCACGCCAGUGUCAGCAUCUGCCCAAGCAGGGCGGGAACGUUUGGGGGAGUCCGUGUCUUCGACUUCCUCCACCAUGUCUCCGGUGCCCCAGUCGCCGGCCCAGGCCAUGGCCUACAUGGGGAGGGAGGGCUCCUUUGAAUCCCGCUACCAGUCCCCUAUGGAAGACUUCCGGGUGUCCCAGGAGGCACUGUUGGACCACUUGGAUCCACAGAACAGACAAACAAGGUAAAUGAUGUUGCGGAGGACCAGAGUGGGCGGAGAGAACCGUGUCUAAGUCCAAGCCAAUCAGGAUGCAUUUCUGUUGCACCCCCCCCCAUCCUCCCCCCACCCAACUCCCUCCGUACCCAGUCGCCUCUCCCCGUACUGAUGAUGUCACUGACUGCUGUGAACACUGUUUCCAUGGAAACGCCCAACCACCGCUUUGGCCUACAUUUCAGGCAGCUCUCCCACCCUCCAUUCUCCAAACCCACUCCUCUCUGUCUCUCUCCCUCUCUCUCUCUGUCUCUCUCCCUCCCUCUCUCUUUCUCUCUCUCUCUCUCCCUCUCUCUCUCUUUCUCUCUUUUUCUUUCUCGAUCUCUCUCUCUCUCUC